UGACAAAGACUUCCUCUGACAAACUUUCUCAAGACCCUUUCUCAAGACACUUCAUGCAGUAUGUGUAACUGCAUUAAGACCAUCCUUCUUGUCAUUUUGUUUGGUUGGAUCAUUUCCUGGUAGCUUUUUGAUAGAUGAAUCAACAGAAUUGGCACCACAUCACAGUUUUGUGUUCAUGUAAGACUUAUGUUAUCACUUUUGCUCUCAUAGCAUUCGGUUGGUUCUACCGUUACGAAGGGAAGUUGCCUACACUCAAAAAGAAAGGAAAAGAGACAAAAAAGAAGAAGAAGGCAUCCAAGACUGACACUCUCCCAGCAGAGAAAAAGAAUAAAAAAGAGAUGGAGUUUGAGUUGAAGCUUGCAAAGGAAAAGGAAGAGAUUCAUGAGCGUGAGAAACAGAUGAAAAUCAGCAGACUUCUGCAAGAGGUGUCAGAGACAGAGAGAGAAGAUCUAGAAGAGUCAGAGAAGGUGCAGCAUUGGGUGGAGAGGCUCUGUCAAACCAGACUAGAGCAGAUCUCCUCAGUGGAAAAUGAGUCUCCGGAGGUAAACACCAAGUUCCACUCAAGGAAUCCUGCAUUGUGUUGAUGUUAUCAAAAGGUGCUUUUCCACCAUCAAGCUGAGCGGUAAUUGUUGCGGAAUCGUGCCAUCGCCAUGUCACUAAAACAGUUAGCCCAGUAUGGUUCUCUGUUCUAAGUAUGGCUAGCUAACCUGCUGAGAAAUCUUGUUUGGGAACGAUUUGUAAUUGUACCAUGCCAAACCAUCCUCAAGUGGAAAUGCUACUGGAACCGUUACUCACCAUGCUCUGAACUGUUUGGCCUGAUGGUGGAAAAGCACUGUUGUGUGUUGAUCUUUGCUUCUAUUCCAGAUUGAGUGAGUUGGUUGGUUCAGAGUUUUAAGCAAUUAAAGUGU